AUGGGGCCGCUGCAAAAAGUGGCCACGCUGGUGACCGGGCUGGUGGAAUGCAUUGGCUUUGCGGGGGUCAUCUUUGGGUGGGCCUCGCUAGUUUUUGUCCUGAAGGACAACGGCUACUUCAAGGAGCGGUGUAUUCCGGUUUCCAGGAAGACUGACAAUGCCACAGGUAAGGAUGACUGCACGGCCCAGGAUGAGCAGUUCUCCCUCGUUUUCACCAUCGGCUCCUUCAUGAACAAUUUCAUGACGUUCCCUACGGGCUACAUUUUUGAUCACUACGGCACCACGGUGGCCCGCCUCAUUGCCAUAUUGCUCUACACAGGAGGGACAUUGCUCAUCGCCUUCUCCUCUGCAGAAUCUGCCGUUCUACUCUUUGCCGCCCUGCCACUGCUAUCCGUCGGAGGCGUCCUGUUCUUGAUCACGAACAUGCAGGUGGGAAACCUGUUUGGCAAACACUGCUCCACCAUCAUCACGCUGUACAACGGGGCCUUCGACUCGUCCUCCGCCGUCUUUCUCCUCGUCAAGUUGCUGCACGAGGCGGGGCUGACCUUCCACAAUUCUUUCUUCAUCCUGUCGGCCUGCAGCAUCAUCCAUCUCGCCCGUACCUUCUUCCUGCUGCCCUGGGGUCACAUCCCGUACCCCGUGCCUCCUGGCUACAGCUACGGGGGACACCGAGGCCCACUGAGGGUUAUUCAGGGUGACACUGCAGGAGCUGGGCAGGACCUCAGUACUCCUGGGAUCUACAGCCAGGUACAGCGGGGCUUCUGUUUCCUCAGCCUGGGCUGUCCGGUUUCCCGGUCCGACGGUGGGGAAGGAAAGCCGGAAGCCCAGGAGGCUGACGGGAAGCCAGAGGAGACGAAUGGUGCGGAGGAGAACAGAGGCACGCUGGCCUUGAAGAAGACGGACGCUGCCACCUUUGACCUCCAGCAGCCAGAGGGUCCAGGGGCCGCGGAACCCGCCGGGGUCUCCUUCCGGAGCUGCGUCCUGUCUCGGCUGUUCGUCUGUCACCUCAUGUGGCUGUCUGUGAUGCAGCUGCGGCAUUACCUCUUCAUUGGGACCCUCAACUUCAUGCUGACCCAGCUGGCCCACGGAAACACCACCCUAGUGAGCACCUACACCAACGCAUUUGCCUUCACCCAGCUCUGUGGGGUGUUUUGUGCUCCCUGGAACGGUUUGAUCUUGGAUCGAUUCAAAAGGAAGUACCAGGAGGAGGCCAAGAAGAAAGGAACUCCGGCCUCCGCAGCAGUUCUGCGCUCCACUGUGCUGUCCCUGGCCCUGACAGUGCUCCAGUGCCUAGGAUUCUCUAUCUUUGCCUCAGUCCCUUACCUGCCCAUCCAGUACAUCACCUUCAUCCUUCAGGUUCUUAGUCGCUCCUUCCUGUACGGAGGCAACGCUGCUUUCCUCACCCUUGCCUUUCCCCUGGAGCAUUUUGGGAAACUCUACGGGCUGUUGAUGGGCCUUUCGGCCGUGGUGUCACUCCUGCAGUUUCCCUGCUUCGCCCUCAUCAAGGGGCCCCUCCAGCAGGACCCCUUUUAUAUGAAUAUCACCCUGAUGCUGGUCACGCUACUGGCCUUCAUCCACCCUGUCUUCGUAGUCCGGGAAUGCCAACGUCGGGAGAAACAGCCGGCCUAA